ACUCUUUCUCUUUCAUUUCAAACGUUGGGAAUCGAUCCGACCUAUUCCCUCCAAGCUUCCCUUUUAUCGGGAAAUCGCAGUUCAAAAAGCCUUUCACACCCAUUCCCUCCCUCUCCCUCUCUCUCUCUCUCUCUCUCUCUCUCUCUCCAUCCUCGUUAAAGACUAAAGAGUUAAGACGGAAGAUGUAUUUUCUCAACAGGAGAGGGAUAUUUUCUCCCCAAGGAACCUUUCAUGAUUAGCUUCUCUUGGUUGUCCAAGUAGAAUGCUGUGAAUAUUAUAGCUACUACCAUUUUGCCUGUUCUAUUUUUUUUUUGCUUCCCCGUUCCAUUGUGUUUAUGGAAGCCUUCACAGGGGAUUUGAAAAGACAGGCAAUUUAAAUCAGCUCUAUCUUAUUUGCUUCUAUGAUUUCUCCCCGUAUAAAAGUGAUGUCUUGGUAGGGUAGUGCUUAUGCUUUUUCGAGCUCCCAAGUUCUGAGCUCUUCCGAUUUUGUCUCCGCUUCUGUUUCCUUUUCAUUCAUAAAAAUGGCCGAGGGAACCAAAGUUCGAGUUGUGCGUUGCCCCAGGUGCGAGAAUCUUCUACCAGAGCUCCCUGAUUAUUCGGUCUAUCAGUGUGGUGGGUGUGGUGCUGUUCUUCGUGCUAAAGUUCAAGCAUCUGCAAUCGAUGAAUCAUCGAACAAGUCUGUCGAGGAGAGGACUAGAAGCGGUUGUGGUUCUGAAAAAUUGGAGAUUUCCUCUGAGAAAGGUGGAGCUAACUUGAGCGACGCCUCAGAGACGGAUAGGGAGAGCAACGGAUUGGAAUGCCGGAGGUCCAGAGAGAAGCCCUUAUCCUCGCCAGAAAAGGUGUUUGUUUCAAAUUCUGCAUCUUCGUCCAGGCCCCAAAGUAGGGAGGGUAUGAGUAGUGAUCAUAAUGGAGGGAGAGGUGUUGAACCUACCCCGUCCAGAUACAACAAUGUCAGUACGGAAAAGGAAUCUGGUUACGGUGGUGGUAGUAGGUAUAGGAAUCCUUCCAAGGCUCCGGCCGAUUACUGGGUCGAUGGGAAAAAUCAAAUAAUCGAUGCGAAUAGGGAUGAAUUUGACAAGUCACACAUGGAAAAGGGAAUUAGAGAAGUAAAACCCCGAACUGUUACAAAUGGCAAUGGGUCGCUGGGACUUGAACACUCACCAGACUGGCGGCGAGGUGGGGAAAGAGAUGGGCAGCCAGCCUCUAGAAGACCCCCCAGAACUGUAACAGUCGAAGGUCUCAGAUACUCUAAUUUCCCAUAUCCCGACGAAGGCCCCUCGAACUAUCACCUGGGAUCUUCUCAUGGCUAUGCUGAGCCUUCCGUAAAGAAUCAGAACAAACCAACUGGGUCCAACAAAGUUGAGUACCUGGAACAAGAUCGAGCAGAGCUUCUGAGAAAGCUGGAUGAACUGAAAGAUCAACUUAGUAGAUCUUGCGAUGUGGCCGAGAAAUCAAAUGACAGGAUUGCUAUGGAUAGGAGGAUGGUCCAUCCAGAACCUUAUGGGGGACGUGAUCCCUGGUUUCCAGAGGGCUUGGCCGGAUCAAGCAGUAGGUCUUCCGUGCAGGCAUUUCCGCCAGAUAAGCGCUUGCCAAGGCCCUCUUUUUUUAGCAAUGGCCAUGAAUCUGUUCAAUUGAUGAACAGACCCGAUAUGGAUUUACAGAAUUUUUAUCCUCCUAUGCACGUUGCAAAUGACAUUCCGGGGUACGGAGAUCCUUUUGGGCCACCGAUGCUUAGAAGAAAUCCCCAUCAGCCACCUCGUCAAUAUACUCAACGACCAUCCCACGAUUUCUUUUCUGGGCAUUACAUGGACAUUGAAUCGGACCCUAUUGCUUCAUACCCCCAGAAUACCUUCUUUCACCAACCAGCCUGCUCUUGUUUGCAGUGCUACAACAAACAUUGGCAAAUGCCUGCACAUUUCCCGCCCCCUGUCUUUCAAAAUAGACGAAUUCCCGACGCCGGAAUUGAUCCUAUGUUCAACCGCCUUGAGACCCCUGCUCCAUUUCCUCCGCGGAAUUGUGCUGCUCCCAGAGGCGGUGCCAAUACAGCUUCCUUGCAUUCUCGGGAACCACAGUCCCGAGCAAGAAGGCAAGUUGAUCUUGACUCGGAAAUGGAUGGGUUUGGUCGGGCCCGUUCAGGAAGGGUGGUGGUAGCUAAUGCUACUGGGCGUCGUUGCCUUCCCAUAGAUGGUGGUGCGCCAUUUAUAACAUGCUGCAGUUGCUUUGCAUUGCUACAAUUGCCUAGGAAACUUUCUCUGAUACAGAAGAAUCAGCAGAAACUGCGAUGUGGUGCCUGUUCUACCGUAAUGUUACUAUCAGUUGAGAGCAAGAGACUCGUUGUUUCGUUCCCAGUGCAAGCCAUGCAAACAUCUCCUGAUCAGGCUGAAGAUGGCUCUGAAGAGAUGGUGAAAGGUCUUUCACAUUCUCAUACUUAUGUCAACCGAGAUAGCAUAAACUCCUCCGAGGACUUCGAUAAUUCAGGCUAUAACUUUCAGUGUAUGGACAGCGAGCAAGGUUUGUCGUCAAAAGACCAGAAGUGGAAUUUAGGCGAGUCUCAGAAAAUGCAAGGCCAUCUCUCUUCGUCAUUCAGUUCUUCUGAGAAUGAGGAGAGCCCUGAUAGCGUUAUUGCGAGGAGGCAGGUGUCUAAAUCCGGGGAGCAACCCCUGAAGGCCACUGUAACUCCACCUCUUCCAGGGUCGCCCCUUCAUGAGCAUUCAACUUAUGGUCAAGGGACGAACAGGUUUGGAAAGGGAAACUUGAGUAAACGAUCAGAGCAGGAAAAGGUGGUUUCUAAUAAGGGUACUUUCAGACAAGAUUCUAUAAAAGAUGCAUCAGCAGCAACUGAGAUGGAUGUUUCAUUCAAUGAAUACUCCAAUACUGGGAUGUCUCAGGAUUCAGGGGAGGUAAGCAGAGAAGAUGUGCCAAGGGUCAGUAAGGCGGGUGACUCGUUCUUUGCAGGCCUCAUUAAGAAGAGCUUCAGAGACUUCACUAGAUCUAAUCAUACAGUGGAGAAUGAGAGAUGUAUUGUCUCAGUCAAUGGGCAACCUAUUCCAGAUCGUUUGGUUAAGAAGGCUGAAAAGAAGGCCGGGCCAAUUCAUCCUGGACAAUACUGGUAUGACUCCCAAGGUGGUUUUUGGGGCGUGAUGGGCCAACCUUGUCUAGGCAUAAUUCCUCCAUUCAUCGAAGAAUUUAAUUAUCCCAUGCCCAAGAAUUGUGCUGGUGGAAAUACUAGGAUUUUUGUGAAUGGGAGAGAACUUCAUCAGAAAGAUUUGGAUCUACUUUCCAGCAGAGGCCUGCCAGAUACUGCAGAUAAGUCAUAUAUUAUCGAGAUUUCAGGCAGAGUUAUGGAUGCAGACUCUGGCGAAGAAUUGGAGAGCCUUGGCAAACUUGCCCCAACAGUGGAGAGGGUAAAGCAUGGAUUUGGCAUGAGGGUUCCAAAAGUCGCCAUGUAAAUAGUGGUUUUAUUGGUUCACAAGGAAGAAUCUGAAGUCAAUCCCCUCUUUAGAGUGGAAAGGAUUUGAUUGGGAGAAUAUUUUUUCAAAGGCAAUCCACAAAGAAAGUUUUCCUCUGAUGAAGAAAUAUACAUGCCUGGUAUAUAUUCUGGGAAUUAUAUGGAGUGUUGUUCUGUAAUUCAGAAGUCAGCAUUUUGAGUGUGUAAUCUGGGACAGAUUUCGAGUGUUGUUCUGUAUUUUUUCCCUUCUUUUUUUGUAUGUAAUUCUAUAUAUAAUUUUUUUCUUGGAUCUGAAUAUGUCUAGUGUAUCAAAGGCUGUAGUGGGACACUAAAGUCAGAUUCGGUGUUUGAAGCCAUGGAAUGGUGAUGGUGAGCUCGUAUAUAUCAUGCACUCGCGAUUCUGUAUUUCCAAU